ACCUAAUGACUAUUGACGUAAAAUAUUUGCGGUUUGCCUUGUUGCGUAUAAAUUCGUAGUAGGUAAUACGCAAAUUAAUUCGAGUUUAUUGUGAAUAGAUAUUUCAGAGUAAAUAAAAAAUACGCAAUCAAAAUGUUUUUAAGAGGCUGUAAAUUAAUAAUAGAAAAAAGGACUAUUCCGACGAAACACUUUUCCAGACAAUUGAGCGUUUCUUUAACACAAGAACCGGAAAAACCAUCAAUAAAAACGGAUAUUCCUGGACCUAAAACAAAAGAUUUGUUCAAAGAACUUUCAUCUUUACAACAAGCAGAUUCCGUUCAACUUUUUGGUGAUUAUGAUAAGAGCAUCGGAAACUAUUUCGUGGAUGCCGAUGGUAAUAUCUUCUUAGAUGCUUUCACUCAAAUAUCAUCUGUUCCUCUUGGAUACAAUCAUCCUGAAUUAUUAAAUGCUUUUGAAGAUAAACAUAAUUUGAGUGAGUUAAUUAACAGACCAGCCCUAGGAGUGUUUCCAGCAACACAAUGGCCAAAUCGAUUAAAGAAUGUGUUAAUGCCUGUUGCACCGGCUGGUCUUAAGGGAAUUGCUACUAUGAUGUGUGGCUCAUGUUCCAAUGAAAAUGCUUAUAAAGCCAUUUUUAUGUGGUAUCGUACAAAGCAGCGUGGGGGCAAAACUGAUUUUACACCAGAGGAGUUGGCUUCUUGUAUGGUGAACCAGCAACCAGGUGCACCAAAGAUGUCAAUACUUUCUUUUAAGGGUGGUUUUCACGGUCGCACAUUUGGAGCAUUAUCUACGACAAGGUCUAAACCAAUUCACAAAUUGGAUUGUCCUGCAUUUGAUUGGCCAGUUGCUCCCUUUCCAAGAUAUAAAUAUCCACUUGACCAACACAAGAGUGAAAAUCAACAGGAAGAUGCCAAAUGUCUGGAACAAGUUGAAGAUGUGAUUGAAAAAUACAAUAAAAAUGGAAAUCCAGUUGCUGGUAUGAUCAUUGAACCUAUCCAAUCAGAGGGAGGAGAUUAUGAAGCUUCACCAGAAUUCUUCCAAAAGUUACAAAAAAUUUGUCAAAAGAAAGGUGUUGCCCUAAUCAUUGAUGAAGUUCAGACUGGAUGUGGACCUACUGGAAAAAUGUGGUGCCAUGAGCAUUUCAACCUGCCAUCACCACCCGAUGUUGUUACUUUCAGUAAAAAAAUGCUCACUGGUGGAUUUUACUACAAUACUGAAUUCAAGGCGCCACACGCUUAUCGCAUAUUCAACACGUGGAUGGGGGAUCCCGGAAAACUUAUCUUGUUGGAAAGAGUUCUCAAUGUUAUAAAAAGUCAAAAUUUACUCGCUGUAGUCAAGGAGAGUGGUAAAGUUUUGAAAGAGGGUCUUCACCAGCUCGAAAAUGAAUUUCCACAUCUUAUUAACAGUGUGAGAGGACGAGGGACAUUUUUGUCUUUUAACGGCUCUUCUACUGAAUGCAGGGACAAAAUUAAUGCAGAUUUAAAGAAAAACGGUGUGCUAAGCGGGGUUUGUGGCGAAGUUGCCAUCCGACUACGACCAGCUCUUAUAUUUCAACCAAAGCAUGCUGCCAUUUAUUUGGAUAUAUUGCGCAAGACACUGAAACAAAAUUAAUGGAUACAUCAUUUAUCGCUACGGAUAUAUUGUCUUUAUUGUCUGUAUUACAUAUAUACAUAGAAAUUAGGCCAAAACUUUAAGCCAAAUUCCUUUAAUCAGUAGCGCCAUUUAAGAAAUUCAAAUAUUUUUAAUUAAAAUUAUUUAAAUGCAGUAGAGUUGAUGUAUAUCAUGUACGACGGAAUAAUUCCCUUAGAUUUAAGAAGACUUUUAUCUAUGAAUAUAAUUAUCAACACGCCUCGAAUUGUCUUCCAUUUUAAUAUAAUAAAUGUCUACAAUCUCAA